GUGUUUCUAAAUUUUGAUUAAAAGAUCGACUUAAAUUUAUAUCUCGCUCGUUAUUAAAAUGCAUCCCUGUACAUAUACUACUCACAAAUUUUUUAAGUGUCAACAAAAAUAUAAAAUGUGUAUAUAAAUAUUGAAUUUUAUAAAUAAAGAUACAUAUACAUAUAUUUAUUUAUUUAUAAUGGGAAGCAGUGUGUUAAGACCUCGAAGAUAUGCAAAUCACAAACGUAUAAAUUUGUUUCGAGGGCAAUAAUUUAUGUGAUGACUUUUGCUGUUAUGUUGAAUAGAAAAACCAGUAUAACCGGUUACAGAAAUAUAAGCGGAAAGUGCGCAGUUCGUAGAGAAAGAUAUUUUCUUCAUUUUUAUGAAACUAAUUGUAUGUAUAUAACGAACUGAAGAUGUCACAUAUAAAAAGGCCACCCGAUUAUCCGGAAAACAUUCUCGAUCCGAGACUCAUGAGACACAAUGAGAAGCUUCGUGAUAUUAUUGUUAGUAACCGCCGGAUCAGCGAUAAAUACGAAUGAUCAAAAGAAAGACAAGCGAAGUUUACUAGUGAAUAAACUCGGCACCUCAAGCUACGAUUUGUCAAAUGGUCUUGCAAGAUAUCCUCCCGAUCUCAACAACGUAAGAGAAUUUGAAAACGAUGAGUCUCUGGUUAACACCCUGAUCUCCGCACAUCCCUCCAGAUUGAAUUACAAAGGAAACUUUGAUAAUAUUAGCUCGAGCAAACUUGCUACGCUUGAUCAACCAGCCGGAUUUGUGAGCAGUGUGUUACCGACUUUAACGCACGGCAAGAUCAAGCGGUUUGCAAGAGGAAGACCAAGCGACACUCCCGACCGCAAUGUUCAAGUUCCAUCGACGGAGCUAAUUCCACCGGAUUAUAUUUCUCCGUUUGUAACUCCGACGCCGCAAACUACGCCGUCUACUCUUCCGGUUAGAACAACAACGCCGUCUUUUCCGAUUAGAACAACGCCUUUUAUUCAAAUAAUUCCGAAAAUAAGCGGGAGUAUCCUAGACGUAAAACCGUAUUAAAAACGUACAUAUUAAACGUUUCAUACCUAUUUAAAAAAUAUCCGAAUGAAAAUCUUCACAUGUUUAAAACGUUUUGUAGAUGUUUAGUUUUUUUUUUAAAUAUAGCCACGCCUAUUUUAAAUACACAACGAACUGAAUUAGAUUUACUUGAAGGUCAUAAGCAUUGAACAAAUUCAACCAGACAAAACAAUUUAAUCUACUUGCCUGCCAAUCAAAUGUAAUUUAGAUUCUUAUCUUUGGAUUCAAUUACAUACAAUUGCCUAGUAAGUAAAAUACUCAUUAAAUAAUUUUUUUUAAUUUCACAGAAAAGAAGUUAAAGAAAUUAUUUAUUUAAAAGAGAUUCAAAUUAAGCAUUCAAUAAGAAUUUUCUAAUUGAAUUCAAUUCGAAUCACCAUGUGUAUUAAUUUAUACGUCAUCAAAAAUAUACACUUUGCACAUACAUUCAGCGUUUGGCUCUAAUUGUAAGGCUUUAUUUUUUUUUUUUAUUGGCUUUUUCCUUCUAUUUUUGACAAUUACGUUACAACACAUUUUUGGUCACUUGAUGUGUUAAAAACGCAAAUGAAAUUCUAGUAACAUUUUGAAUGAACACGUGUAUUUAUAUCCGAAUGACACAAUUUAUUUGUAUAACCAUGUUAAUUGAAUUAUCGUACUUAACACAGUGAUAUAACGUAGGAAUAAGAUCGUGCGCGUACAAAGUCUCAAUAUUGCUUUGAGAAAAGUUAUUUAAGCAAAACGAUUUAUUUUAUUCGCGUGUCACUUCAUUGAAUAAAAUCAAACAAAAAGCAAAUGCUGUGCGCGCGGACUCUGACACAUCGCACAAAUAUCAAGAACUUAUUGAAAAAAAUAUUACGAAAACUACACAUGUUAGAUUGCAGAAAAAAUAAACACAUUUUAUACCGCAGAAAUAUUUUGAAAACAAUUCGAAAAAGAAUUGUAAAACGCCGAGAAAAUGGUUUGUGUAUUUUAACAGAUUUUCCAAGAAAGUUUAAUCAGACCCGAGUUGCUAGAUG